AGUCCUCCCAUACAAUUAUGUCAAAAGUAAACACUCCAAAUGGCAGGCGUUUUUUCAUUUUAAUGGAAUAUUUGACUUUGAAUAGCUCACACUAGAAAAUUAUUCGUAAUUUGCACGAGCUUUGUGCUUGAACUCGGUGGUAUUCAUUCAAAAUGUUCGCUCCAAGUUGGUUCAUCGUUGUAUUUGCGCUAGUACAAUGUUUAAAUGCUCAACAAAUAUCACAAAUGUGCAAUUCAUGCGCACCAGUGCAACCGGGGCAACCUUUCGUACUGAAUGCUCAACCAGUAGACCAGCAGAAUAUAGGCGAUCAAUGUUUCAACCAACCGAUUCAAUGUGAUCAAAAUUACCCAUAUAGAUAUCUGGAUGGUAAAUGCAACAAUUUGAAGCAUUUACAAUGGGGUAUGACCAAUCACACCAUAAUAAGAUUGCUACCAGCUGCCUAUUCUACAAACCAGAACGAUCCUGGUGGUACUCCGAGAACCUCUGUAGUCGAUGGUUCACCUUUACAAAGCACCAGGGUUAUUUCAAACGAUUUCUUUACCGAUCAUCAUUUCCCUAGCAAGCAGUAUACUCUGGCCUUCAUGGUGAUGAGUCAAUUGUUCACUCACGACGUCUUAUCGCUGAGAUUGAGGAAUCCUCCAUUGACUGGUUGUUGCCAAAAUGGUGGAACCGCCAGAGUACCUAAAAAUAACUGGGAUCCGGGAUGUUUAGCGAUAGAUAUACCAUCAGGGGAUCGAUAUUAUUCGCAGUUCAAUAUCCUCUGCAGUCAAGUUGCACGAGCUGCAUUCGCAUCUGACUUUAAUUGUAAACUGCCAGAAGUUGAACAGGCAAUCAGUGUAACUUCGUAUUUCGAUGGUUCUGUCGUUUAUGGAGCUUCGGCAGAGAUAGGAAAAUUAUUGAGGUCGAUGCAAGACGGUAAAUUACGAACUGAAACAUCAGACGAUGGUCGAAUAUUUUUACCCCAUACUGAUCAAGCAAAUACUUUCUGCUUCGUGGAAACCAAUAAAGCUGGAUGUUUCCAAGGCUCUGACUUUCGAGCAAAUCAGCAUGCUCAAUUGGCAGUAAUACAGGUCAUACUGUUGAGAAUACAUAAUAAAAUAUGCGACGAACUGAAAAAAAUGAAUGCACAAAGUCCCGAAUGGCAAAAAGACGAAAAAUUGUAUCAAGAAGCAAAGAAAAUUCUAACAGCCAUGUUGCAAAAUACGAUAUAUGGAAGAUUUAGCGAAAUUUUAUUCGGGCCGGAAUGUUCCAGAUCUUACGGAUUCACCGAACCUGAUAAUCAAGGAUAUUCUGGAGGUUAUGAUCCUGAACUGAAUGCAGGAACAACAGCUGAAUUUGAACACGUUGCAUUCAGAUCUUUCCACAGUUUGGUGGAGGGAAAUUUGAAGCUUUACGAUGACGACAGAAAAGAAGUUGGCACAUUCCUCUUCAGUGACUGGUUCAACAAUCCUACUUUCGUAAAACAACCUGGUAACCUGGAUAAAAUAUUAAUCGGUAUGGCUACUCAAGCAAUGGAGGGUUUUGAUCGAUUUUACACCACAUCGAUCACGCAAGAAUUCUUCAAACAAUUCAACCAAGGUAAAUUUGGCUCAGAUUUGGCAGCAAUAGACGUCGAAAGAGGAAGGGAUUGCGGUGUACCUCCCUACAUAUGCUACGCUACCUUGGCUGGAUGGCCAGUAGUCAAUAAUUUCGACGACUUAACCGAUCGAAUGGAACCUAAAAUGAUCGAUCGUCUGAAAAAAGCUUACAAAACAGUCGCUGACGUAGAUGCCAUUGUAGGUGCCAUUUUAGAAAAACCCUUUGGAGAUUCGAUGGUUGGCAAAACACUGCAUUACGUUAUGGCAGAACAAUUCAGAAGAUAUAAAUUCGGCGAUUCCUUCUUUUAUACUUUUGAAGGAAGAGGGCAAUUCACACCAGGACAACUGGCAGCACUCAGGAAAACAACUUUGUCACUUAUAUUCUGCUGGGGAAGUGAUGGAAUUAAGCACAUGCAGAGGGACGCCUACACCUUACCUGGGCAAGAACCAAUGCUGGAAUGCAGUCAAAUUAUAAACGAUUUCAUGAAAGACUUGUGGGCAAACUGGCAAGAAAAACCAACCCACUUUGGGUAAUUUAUUUUUGAAAUUGCGCAGACUACCAACGCAGUCUCAUCCUUAUACAGAAGCACAUAUAUCGUUAUAAGUUUUGUGAACGGAGAAGGUAAUGGAACACUCAGUAUAAUUGACUAUAACUUAAGGUAGGUAGGUACAUAUAAACAGGUAGGUCCAUUUUUCAGUUCUUCCUUCCAAAUGGCGAUUUAGCUUCGGUUCGAAGAUAAUAGAUACCUCUAGCUCUAAGAAAAUUACAAAAAUUAUAAAAUAGAAUUAAUAAGUAAUAAAUGUUUAGUUAUGUGA